AUGGAUGCUGCCAAUAACGUCGAAUCUGCCUUCUCCGACGAUAGUACCAAUACAACAGACACAGUCCAUCCUUGUAGUAGCGGCGGUAUACUGCGAGUUUUCUGUUCACAAUCGCAUCCAGUAAUGACGGAUCCGUUGAACGUUACGGCCCGUUCACACAUGGGAGUCCUUUACGGUAUGCAGCAUCCGGGUGUUCAUUUAAAGAUCUUCAUUACACCUAUCGCGUUGGUGUAUCGACUGUUAGCAACAUUAUUAAAGAAGUUUCAAGAUGCAUAUGGAACAAUUUAAGUGAAAAAUGUAUGCGACUUCCUACAUCAGUCGACGAAUGGGAACAGAUAGCAAGUGGAUUUAACAAAAAAGCUAAUUUUCCCCACUGUCUCGGAGCUGUCGACGGAAAACAUAUCCGACUUAAAAAACCACUAAAUAGCGGUUCACUGUAUAUCAAUUACAAGGAUUUUUUUCCAUCAUAUUAUUAGCGAUCGUAGACUCCGACUAUCGCUCUGUAUACGUCAUUGUCGGAUCUUAUGGACAAGAAUGCGAUUCAUCAAUAUUCAAGGAGCCAAACAAUUUUGGAAAAUGAUGCUAGGACGGCAGUCUUCAAAUUACCUGCACCAUGCCCAUUAACAAGAGACUCAGAAAACGAGAGUUCCUUAUGUGGUCAUUGGAGACAAAGGUUCGGAUUACACGAAAAUUUACUAAUGCGUUUGGCGGGACGCAUCUGGACAAAAAUAGCGAAUAUUCAACUAUCGUUUGACUAGAGCUAGGAGAUACGUGAAUGUGCCUUCGGUAUCUUAGUUAACA